AAGGAGACCGUCUUCUCCACCCUCAGCCGGGAGACACUGGAGAUGGAUUCUCCCAAUCAGAAGCACUUCGAGGCUGUAGAUUAUGUUAUAUUUGCCCUUUUACUCGCCGCCUCCGUGGGCAUCGGCCUGUACUACGCACUGUCCGGUGGACGUCAGCGCACCACCCAGGAGUUCUUGAUGGCAGACAGAAGCAUGGGCUGUCUUCCUGUCUCCCUGUCGCUUAUUGCUUCCUUUCAGUCGGCCGUGGCGAUCAUAGGCGUCCCAGCCGAAAUCUACAAUCAUGGCACUCAGUACUGGUUCAUCGGGUGUUCCUACUUUCUUGGACUUUUCAUUCCAGCUCAUGUUUUUAUUCCAGUUUUAUACAGACUCCGCCUCUCCAGUGCCUACCAGUAUCUUGAGCUACGUUUUAGUAAAGUGGUGCGUGUCUGUGGCACUUUGACAUUCAUCUUUCAAAUGGUUGUCUACAUGGGUGUGUCUGUAUACACACCCGCCUUUGCACUAAACGCAGUUACUGGACUGGAGUUAUGGGGAACAGUGCUGGCCACCGGGCUGGUGUGCACCUUGUACACAUCGCUGGGUGGCUUGAAGGCUGUCAUCUGGACGGACGUCUUCCAGACUGUUGUGAUGUUUGCGGGGCAGCUGGCUGUCAUCGUGGUGGGAGUGCAGAGAACUGGAGGAGUAUCAGAAGUCUGGAGGAAAGUGUGGGAGGGAAACCGCAUAUCUGGUUUGGACUUCAACCCAGAUCCCACAGAGAGACACACCUUCUGGACUCUGGGGGUCGGCGGGGUUUUCCUCAUGCUGUCCCUGUAUGGAGUGAACCAGGCUCAGGUCCAGAGAUACCUCAGCUCGCGCACAGAGAGAGAGGCUGUGUGGUCGUGCUACAUGGUGUUCCCCUCCCUGCAGCUGACUCUGGCCCUAAGCUGCACCAUGGGGCUGGUCAUGUUUGCACGUUACUGUGGAGAGGACCUCUCUGACAAGCUGGGCAGCUCCUCCAGGGAUGCUAUGGUGUUAUACUUCGUGAUGGACAUGCUGCAGGGUUUGCCUGGGCUGCCCGGCCUCUUCGUCGCCUGUUUGUUCAGCGCUGCGCUCAGCACCAUCUCCUCUGCCUUCAACUCUUUGGCCACUGUGACAAUGGAGGACCUCAUCAAGCCAAAUUUCCCCUCCAUGACAGAGGCCAGAGCAACCCUGCUGUCCAAAGCUAUAGCGACGUCCUAUGGGCUGCUGUGCCUGGCCAUGGCCUACCUCACUCAUCUCAUGGGGGACUCGGUUUUACUGGUGGCUUUGAAAAUCUUUGGGAUGGUUGGGGGUCCUAUCCUCGGCCUCUUUUGUCUCGGGAUGUUCUUCCCGUCGGCAAACUCCACCGGUGCAGUUUCAGGGCUGGGUGUUGGUCUGGCCGUGUCCCUCUGGCUCGGCAUCGGGAGCAUCGUAAGUCGAAGUUCUGCCACCAGACCUCUGCCGCCCCGCUGUGGCGCCGGCCUGCUGUCCGGAAACGCCACCGCCGCCAUCCAGACAGCAGUCGCCAAUGUCACUCAGAGCCGACCUACGGGGCUGAAGAGGUUUUAUUCUCUGUCCUACAUGUGGUACAGUGCGUUCAACUGCUUCACCGUCAUCCUCAUAGGCCUGAUCAUCAGCUUUCUCACAGGUCCUAUGAAGGAAGAGGAUGUGACUCCGGGUACAAUCUAUCCCUUGUUUGGGAAGCUGUUCUGUUUCCUUCCUGAACACCUGAAAAAGAAGCUGUGUUGCGUCACACCUCUAGGACAGACUCUCUCAACACAUAAAAGGCCGGCCCCCCAGCACAAAGAGAGGAAUGGGCUCUCCUUCACACCGAACGAUGGAGCAUCACCAGAACAGACGGAGAACUUUCUUCUCUCCACCACUCCGUUUGCAGUUUACGAAACGGCAGUGUGA